UUGCUUCUCCUGAUAUCUGCACCCCAGAAGCCAGCUUUGGCAUCUCCCCACAUCAAGAAAAAACUGUCCCUCAGAGAUCUACCAAAAUGGUUCCUGCAACAGGCUUUCUCAGGCUGGUGGACUUGGUCCAGAUUCUGGCCAACUCCUACUAUAGGGCAGCCAGAAAGAUCAGAGCACCCAGUUUGCAGGCGAGGGCUGCAGGUUCUAGGAUGCAGCCCGCCGAGCUUCCAUACCCAUCUGUGACCAAGUGUGGCAGGACAGGCCACGCAGUUGUCUGCGACAUCAAUGGCUGCCUCUUGAGAUCAUCAACCUCUUUCUUCCCUUACUUCAUGUUGGUUGCCUUUGAGGGUGGCAGCAUUCUUAGAGCCCUCCUGCUCUUGGUAGCUUACCCUUUUCUGCAUUUCUUGAACCAUGACGCUGGUAUGAGGGCCAUGGUCUUCAUCUCCUUCUGUGGCCUGAAGCUGGAGGAUGUUCAGACGGUGGCAAGGGCUGUCCUGCCCAAGUUCUUCUUGCAGGAGCUUCACCUUCAGGCUUAUGAGGUGGUGGCUGCCGCCAAGAAGAAGGUGGUGAUAACGAGCGUGCCGAGAGUUCUGGUGGAAGGCUUCCUCAGGGAGUACUUAAAUGUGGAUGUUGUGGUUGGAACAGAACUGCAGAUGGUAAGGGGUCGGUUUACUGGUUUUCUAACUACUUCAGGCCUGCCUGUGAAGGACAAGGCAUUGAAGGAGAUCUUUGGAGAUUCCAAACCUGAUGUUGGUCUUGGAAGCACUAGCAGUGAAGACCAACAUCUCUUGACUCUCUGCAAGGAAGCGUAUGUGGUGUACAGGCAAGAUGAGAAGAAUGGCUUGCCUUCUUCAAUCAUGGCAAGAGAAAAGUAUCCCAAGCCCCUGGUCUUCCAUGAUGGCAGACUGGCCUUUUUGCCUACCCCAAUGGCCUCCUUGAUCAUGUUUCUAUGGCUUCCUUUUGCCUUCCCGCUAGCCAUCUUCAGAAUCGUAAUCGGGAUCUCUCUCCCCAUGAAGUUUGCUAGGGCGAUAGCAGCCAUGGAUGGUGUGCAGAUAAGAGUCAAGGGGCUUGACAGAGUAGACAGAAACGCCCAGAAGGGUGUUCUCUAUGUCUGCUCACACAGGACUCUGCUGGACCCUGUGAUCCUCAGCAGUGCACUGCAAAAACCACUGUCAGCGGUGACCUACAGCGUGAGCAGAACCUCUGAGAUCCUCUCCCCCAUCAAAACAGUGAGGCUAACAAGAAACAGAGAGAGAGAUGCAGAGACCAUGAACAGGCUGCUGAAGGAAGGGGACUUGGUGGUGUGCCCAGAGGGCACCACAUGCAGAGAGCCCUACCUCCUGAGAUUCAGCUCACUGUUUGCAGAACUGGCUGAUGACAUAGUGCCUGUGGCCAUGAACACAUCUGUGAGCAUGUUCUAUGGCACAACAGCCAGUGGGUUCAAGUGUUUGGACCCAUUGUUCUUCAUGAUGAACCCUUCUCCUGUGUACGAAGUGGAGAUAUUGGGGUUGCUGCCUAGGGAGAUGACAUGCGCUGGUGGAAAGUCAAGCUGGGAUGUGGCUAACUUCAUACAGAAGCAGAUGGCUGAUGCCUUGGGAUUUGAAUGCACAAAGCUCACUAGAAGAGACAAGUAUUUGAUGUUGGCUGGAAACGAGGGCAUUGUACCUCAGAAAAAGUAAAGCAACAGAGAAAGAGAAAGAGAGGGAGUUGUUGCAGGUUAGCUUAAAUUAAAUUAUCAUUCAUUUAUGUUAUGUAAUUGUUCUAUGGGAGAAGCUGAGGCUCAUUGUGAUCUGGUUGCAGUGUGAAGAUGGUUUGUCAUUGAAAAUAGAAACUGCUCGUGUAGAUAGUUCAGUAGACGAUAACGUUUUAUGAAAAUGGCUAUUGAUCAUUGAAUCUUAUGUAUUAUAUGUUCGGGCCUUGAGCAAGCACAUAAUUGAUGUAUUAAAUGGUACUAUGGCGUCGUGCAAGCCUGCAAGGGUCAAACAUAUGAACAAUGUGUUCCACAACAAACUUUGGAUU